UAGUCGCAUAGAUGGCGCUUCGAUCUUGUAAACUGCGUAUAGCGAAUUGACGUUUUUGGUUAUUUUUGUUCUCGCCUCGUGUUUAUUUUAGUGUUUUAUUUCGGCCUUAUUGCAAAAAUAUAGUUUUUGUAUCACCUAAAGUAUCUAAAUUUCAUUGGGGACGAUUUUCAAUACCGAAUAAUAUUGAUCUACACUCUCAUACUAGGUAUAUGUAUACAGUUUUAUCACGUGGUGGUGUGAUUUAUAUAAUUCUUGUUUACCGUACAAGCCGAAACUUUGCGCAUGUGCGUUUCAUCAGUAACCUCAAAUUGUAGAAGGGACACGGAUUCGGCAGGUUCCGGAUAUCCGGGUCGAGGCACAGAGGGUCUGUGAUGUGCUAUCGCGGCGAGGGUGCGCGCCCCGCGUGUGGACGUUGGUGAUAUUAGUAAACGCGUCUGAAAUGGCUCAGACUCAGAUAUCGCGGAGCUCGGAGAGCGAUGCCUGGACGCUCCUCUCCCUCAAGUCGGCGCCUCCGUCGCCCUCGAAAGUGCAAUGGGCACAGGAGCCGGCUCCGACUGCCAUCGCGCGGCUCGAUGGCCGCGAUUUCGAAUACAUGAUCCGCCAAAAGAAGGUGAUAAUCGGGCGGAAUUCUAGCCGGGGUCAAGUAGACGUAAACAUGGGACAUUCUAGUUUUAUAUCGCGGCGGCAUCUCGAACUGUUCUACGACCACCCGGAGUUCUAUUUGACUUGCAACAGUAAGAACGGCGUGCUCGUCGAUGGUGUGUUCCAACGGAAGGGAGCGGCCGCGAUGCUACUUCCAAAGAGAUGUACUCUCCGUUUUCCGUCUACCAACAUCCGCCUGGAGUUUCAGUCGUUGGUUGAGGAGAGUGGCGUCGGGUCUGGGGGAGCAGGCCCACCCCUGCCCCCGCUACGUAUUUCCAUACCAGUGGACAACGAUGGACGGAGUCCUGCUCCCUCGCCGACAGGUACGAUAAGCGCCACCAACAGCUGUCCCACGUCGCCCCGGGGCGCCGGCUCCUCCGGCCGACGACACCCGGACCUCGGCCUGGUGGCGCAGUACGCCGCCCUGGCCGACCACCAGCGACCGAACUCGAACGGAACCGCGGCUUCGUCUACGUCCGACUCCGGCUACAGUUCCCGGGACGCCCGUGAUGCCAGGGAGCAUCGCGAGGGGCGGGACGAGGCUAAACCACCGUACAGCUACGCCCAGCUGAUAGUCCAAGCUGUUGCUUCGGCGGCGGACAAGCAGCUCACGCUGAGCGGCAUCUACAGCUACAUCACCAAGCACUACCCCUACUACCGGACCGCCGACAAGGGCUGGCAGAACUCGAUCCGACACAACCUGUCGCUCAACCGUUACUUCAUCAAGGUUCCUCGUAGUCAGGAAGAGCCGGGCAAGGGCAGCUUUUGGCGUAUCGACCCACAGAGUGAAGGGAAACUCAUCGAGCUGGCCUUCAGACCUCGUCGCCCGAGGGGAGUUCAGUUCAGGGCACCCUUCGGCCUCUCCUCAAGGAGCGCUCCUACUUCUCCGUCUCAAGUCGGCGUCUCCGGGCUGGUCACGCCUGAGGAGUUGUCGCGAGAACCCACGCCUGACCUCUUCACCGCCGAGGAACAUGAACAACAGUCCGGCCAACAACGCUUGUCAUCAUCGUCACAAUAUCUGUUCCCGCAGAGAAGUGGGGUCAGUCAGAGCGCGCCCGGAUCACCUGGUCACGGCGUGUACGCGGGCGGCAGCGGCUUAGUGAUGGCCGGACAUCAGAUAACGGUUGUCACCAACGGAGCUGGAGGGGAGAGAGAAGAGAAGUACGUGGUGGGCACGUCGGGGGGUGGGCUGGUGUCGAUACCCGAGGAGGAGGUCCAGGCUGCCAACCUACUGCUUCAUCAGCACUCACCUUACUACGCCGGGUACAGCGGUGACGAGAACUGCGCGCUGGGUGGAGAGUUGGUUAUAGAGGAGGCGCCCGACGACCCUCCCCACAAGAGACCCAAGCAUCAUGUGUCCGAUAUAGAAGAUCGACGCGCGUAUUGACCGCGCGACGCACGGGCGCCUCGCGUGGGCCGACCGUCCUCCCAUUGGUGGAGACGUCUCAAACAGCAGCGUCGCGUCAUCAACCGAGCCCGUGAUUGGUCAGCGAGGAGUCAGAACCGCAGCACAGUCACAACUUUGGCGGGAAAAAGACGCGCGUCACGACAACGCCGCGUCAUCGGUUCGUCAGUGUAGCAAUAAAUUGAACUAUGAGAAUCUUUAUUUUGAACCCUACAGUGUUAAGCGUAAAGUGUAGUUUCGAGUGAUUUGUUUUUUUUAAGUUACGCUAAGCGACGGCAUAUUGCGUUAUUUUCGUUUACGGUUUUCGUUGUACGUGAGUUGUGUGUUCGUACUGUGUGGCGGAUACACGUCACAUCGGCGGGAUGUAUACUCGUGGCCGACUGUAUAGAUGUUUUGUAAUCGAAAGUGCAAUCGUAUAAUAUAUAAUUUAUUACCUCUAGCAUAGAAGCAUAUGGCCGACCGGCGUUACCGCGCGUUCUGACGAAGCAACCGAUCUUAACGUACAAUGAAUUUGACUCGGUCAACAAUAUAUUCCGUUUGUCGGAUAUUAAUAUUAUUUUGUAUUAUAGGAUUGUAUUCUCAGUAUGUGACAUAUGGAGUACAGCGUUAGCUCGAUUGAUGCUUUGUGUUUCACGAUUUUAUCUGUUUAAUUGAAAUAAAUAAAAAUAUAUAGAUGAAAACAUACGAAUUUUACGUCGAGUACAAGAUAUUGAAAUUGUUAUAAAAUUGAUACCUAACUAUGGAUAUUGCUAGGAAAUCUAAAAAAAUAUAAUAAUUCACAAAUUUUGACGAAAUUUUUCGAUGAAUAAAUAAAAUCCUUAAAGCGUCUCAAUGCGUUGAGCGUCGCAUUGCGUUAUGUCUGAAUCCAUUGAUAACACGAACGACCCUGGGACCAGAUGUGGGGUUCUUAAGCCCUAGAAGAAGACAAAAAAUAAUAUUUGUUGAAUAUAGAUUAAAAAUAAUUUUGGGCUUUUUCAGCAAUGACCGGAUUCCAGUCUCGUAUUAGACUAAUUGGUGUCCCAUGUACGGAGGCUGUUAAACCAGUGCCAGUACUACAAGUUUGCAUUUAAUAUAUGAUACCAUCGUAUAUGAAACUGAACGCGAAACGAUCCGUAUCUCGUCUGUUAACGCAAACUUGUAGUAGUGGCGAUGGACCCGUAGAGGCUGUGUGACACAGGAAAGCGAUUACUUAUACACCAUUCACAUAAUCGUAGACUAAGUUCAAAUAAACAUUGUUAAAGCAGUUGACAUUAUUGUUGAAUAGUGGACGUUUUUUUAGGAAAUUUUUUAAAUAGAACAAUUCGUUUCGCUUGAUAGAUAAAUGAAAAAAAAAAUAAAAACAAAAACAAGAUGGCCGUCGACGACACUCGGCGCGGAAUGGUAUGCUUUAAAAUAUACGAUUCUAAUUAAAUCUUGAAUUGGAUUCAAGUAGGACAGAAUUUUAUAACGAGUAGGUUAGUUGACGAACAAAUUAGUUAUUUUAAUUUUUUAUUUUUAUAUACGAAUGAAUUUCCGUCAGUAUUCCUCGCUUCGGCGGCGCGUGAAGUCUUCUGGAAGCGAACGACACGUCCGGUGAGUCGAGGGCUUUAUGUUAACGAAUCCUUUGGUUGCAACACAUUCACCCAGCGACAUCUGUGUACCGCCGGUGUCGGAGCGUGAUCGAUGUAAUGAUAAUAAAUAAAUGAAAAAAUACAAAUAAAAAUUGUAAAGUUAUGAUUAUAUUAGUGUUAUGUAUACAUAUGUUACAUUAAUUAGUUGAAAAGGAGCACUUAGUAUGUGUAAACUUAGCAUUUAAAUGGUGAAAAUAUCUGAGGCUUUAGCGUUCUGUAUCUGACGCUCCCGUUUCGAAUACACGCAGAGUUCGCUCGGUGACGGCUUAGCCGGCGGGCGGUUUAGUAUGUGUAUGUAUGUUACUGUCUCCCUCCUAGAGUCUAACGGCUGGACCGGCGUCGGUGAGGAUUCUGUUCGUCUGCAUGUGUGCCUGUGUGGGUGUGUGCGCGUGUGUGUGUGGGCCGGUAGGUGGUUCGUUACAUUACAAUGUCCGUUAUGUUUUGAGUUUCAUCAGAACAGGUCCAGUGAUUAGAUUAUUCCGAUAUCUGAGGGAGCGUUGUGAGACGCGUCUUGCUUCCUACAUUACUAUAAAGAGCGACGUCGCGGCCCGCGUUCCCGGUUCGUGUCUCGAGACGAGCCGGCUUGAAACAUUGUAAUUAUAUAAUAUUAAAAGCAGCGUGGGGCGCGUGUGACAGUCUCCUAGCCAUGUAGGUAGCGAAAGUGAAAAAUAUAUUAUAUAUAAUAUAUAAGGCAUUGAAAAUGCUAUAGGUAUUUGUCUAUAUAACAAUCUUGAACCAUAUGUACCUUAGACGUAUAGUUUUAAGGUUGGUUUUCGAUUGGCUGAGCAUGUGCCCGUAAGUUAUUUGUGUAAAUUGCAUAUAUAACAUGCUCCACGCGGUGUCCGCGGUAUGUCUAUAUCGUACGGCUAUAUCUGAUUUAUAAUUGACAAAUUUUAAGAAAUAAACGUAUUUUAUCUCC